AUGGCUUCAGAAGAACACGUACAGAGGUUUGAGACCCUCCAGGUCCAUGCAGGACAAGCCCCAGAUCCCAAUACAAAGUCUCGCGCUGUUCCUAUCUAUCAGUCCACCUCCUUCACCUUCAAUGACUCGGCCCACGGCGCGAGGCUGUUUGGUCUCAAAGAAUUCGGGAACAUCUACAGCCGAAUCAUGAACCCUACAGUCGAAGUGUUUGAAAAGCGAGUCGCAGCUCUCGAAGGUGGCGUCGCUGCUGUGGCUACCUCGUCUGGUCAAGCUGCUCAGUUCCUUGCUAUCAGUGCCCUUGCCCAUGCCGGAGACAACAUUGUCUCAACUUCCAACCUCUACGGUGGCACCUAUAAUCAGUUCAAGGUCUUCUUCCCUCGACUGGGCAUCAAUACCAAAUUUGUCACCUCCGAAACCCCUGAAGCUAUCGCAGCCGCCAUCGAUGGCAAGACUAAAGCUGUCUAUGUCGAGACCAUCGGAAACCCUAGGUAUAAUGUACCGGACUUUGAAGCCAUCGCCAAAGUUGCUCAUGAGAAGGGCGUGCCUGUGGUGGUAGACAACACAUUUGGUGCAGGUGGCUACUUUGCUCAGCCCUUCAAGCAUGGUGCCGACAUUAUCGUACACAGUGCAACGAAAUGGAUUGGCGGCCACGGCACCUCAAUCGGUGGUGUCAUCGUUGAUUCGGGUAAAUUUGACUGGGCCGCCAAUGCAAAGAGAUUCCCCCAAUUCAACGACCCUGCACCUGGCUAUCACGGUCUGAAAUUUGUCGAUACAUUUGGUCCGAUAGCCUUUAUCAUCCGAGUCCGAGUGGAAAUCUUGCGCGAUGUUGGAGCAUGCCUCUCACCCUUCAAUGCCCAACAGUUCAUUCUUGGCCUCGAGACAUUGAGCUUGAGAUGUGAACGACAUGGCGAGAAUGCUCUGAAACUGGCCAAAUGGCUAGAGACACGGCCAGAAGUUGCAUGGGUGUCAUACCCUGGACUUGAAAACCACCCAAGCCACCAGCUUGCGAAGAAAUACCUUCCCCGCGGCUUCGGAGGUGUUUUGUCAUUCGGUGUGAAGGGGGGAGCUGAAGCUGGUUCACAGGUGGUGGAUGGAUUCAAGUUGGUCUCAAACCUUGCAAAUGUGGGAGAUGCAAAGACACUCGCAAUCCAUCCUUGGUCGACGACACACGAACAGCUUGAAGAGCAGGAGCGAUUAGACUCGGGAGUGACUCCAGAUGCUAUCCGUAUCUCGGUGGGAAUCGAACACAUUGAUGACAUUAUUCAAGAUUUCACUCAGAGCUUUGAAGCAAGUUCAGCUGCUGGCAAGGAGGGAGGAGCAGAUAAGGGCAAUGCCACGAUUCAGCCGAAGCCAUCGACUGAAGGAACACUCAGUGGGGCUACCUGA